AUGGCGGAUUUACGGCUAUUACUAAGUGUAUUGAUAUUUACUGCUGGAACUACAUUUUCCGUUGCCGAAGAUUCGGAAAAUGUAACAUACAGUUACCGUUUACCGGACGACGUAAUCCCCGUUCAUUAUAACAUUAAGUUAAUAUCACGUAUUGAAGAGGGUAAUUUCACUUUUGAAGGUGAAUCCACUAUAGUUGUCAAGACUCUUCGAACAACUCGAACUUUAAGUUUGCACGCGCUAGACUUGUCAAUCGACAAAGCCGCGACAACGUUGAUCAGCAGCAAUGGAAACAAUUACACGCCGAAGCAUCAUAUCUACGACACUUUGACAUCCAUUCUAGCUAUUCGUUUCGAUACUGAGCUACCGCCGGACAUUUAUCAUCUAAAUUUGAAAUUUGUCGGUGUUCUGGAUGAUAAUUUUAAUGGUUUCUAUAGAUCAUCGUAUACUAUACUGAUGACGUGGUCCCGCAGGUGGUUGGCCGGAACGAACUUUCAUCCAACAUCGGCCCGUCGAGCGUUUCCCUGCUGGGACGAGCCAGCCUUGAAAGCUACCUUUAACAUCUCCAUAAAACACAACCGGAAUUACACGGCUUUGUCGAAUAUGCCGAUGCAGAAGCAAACGGACGACGGGAAUGAAGACGGCAUGAUAUGGACGCACUUCGAGACGACUCCAAUUAUAUCCACAUAUCUAAUUGCAUUUGUUGUGUCUGAUUUUGUUCGUUGUUCUGACGCAAACGACACUAUUACUAUGUGGUGCUCCCCCGAUUUUGAGCCACAGGAGAUUGCAAAACGCACAAUGCAAGAAGUUGCCGCAAAGGCCGGCCAAAUUUUGACGACGUACACCAACAGUUCCAACAAAAUUUCGAAAUGGGAUCACGUUUGGAUACCGUUUUUGUUACAUUUCAAAAGAGAGGCCCAUGUUACCACCUUGGGACUCACCACUUACAGUUUCAACUUCUGGCCAAUUUAUGAAGGACCCAUGUUUCUAGCAAAAUAUGUAACAAAUGCAAUGGCACAGCAAUGGAUUGGUUGCGUAGUCAGUCCUUUAUGGUGGACUGAAAAGUGGUUAAACGAUGGACUU